AUUACGGGACUCCAUUAUUGAACUUUUUACGGGACUUUAUUACAGAUAAUCAUUAUUGGGCUCUAUUAACGGGCUUUCUCAUUGGGAUUUACUACAGAACUUCAUUACAGAACUUUGCUUUGGGCCUCUUCUGCCCCGAUUUGCCUCUGCUUCGUAUUUCUGGUUUACGGCUGUGGAAUAUGGCGCCAUGUAUCGCCCCAAUUUAAGGUUUAGCUAUCGUGCGAUAUAUGACUCUGAUUUGUGGCCCUGGCGGCGCGGUACGCACGCAGGGCUUUUUCCAUGAGCGAGCCCGGCCAGACACGGCAGAAUAAGAGGACGCCAUUCCAAACCCGGCCCGGGGCGGAAGGCCGUUCUGUGAUUGGAACCCGAAGUUUGGCCCAGCAUGUCUCGCGAGUCUUGGUGCGAUUGGCGUGAGUGGGCGCGAUUUGCGAGAGUCGUGGUGCGGUUCAUGCAGAGGCCAAGGCCGGCACGGCGAGCUAAUAUACUAAUUGCUCCAGUUGCGGACACUCCCCAGUUUAGCGCCAGAAACGCAGCGCCGGCGCCGGGACAUGCCUCAUGGCCACGGCCACAUGUGCGCCGCAAUCAAUGUGCCCGGUCCUCUCAAUACUUGCCCCAGGGAGUGGUGACAUCAUUUGUAGUCGGCUGUGGCCCCGCUGUCUGUUCUGCCCCGGGUAACGACUGCACACCAGCUCGCGCGGCGGAAUUCUACUGGAUGGCGACAAGCAGACUACAGCGCCAUGGCCAUUGGGUAGAAGCAGAAAACAGCGAACAAAGCAAAAAAAAACAAAAAAAAAACAAAAAGAAGAAAAAACGCAAAGUUCCCCCAGGGAUCUGCCUAGUUUCCGGACCUUGGCUGUGCGUGUUGCGCCGCGGGCAGAUGCCCUCACCCUGGAUUUGCCAUAGUUCUUCGGGGCAGAAGCGUGCGGCAUAGAAGCCUGUUUUUUCGAUCUGCCCCAGCAAUGGAAUGUUCAGCCAAUCACCCCUCGCCACCAGACCAGCACUGGAUGUGCACACACAUACAGCAGCUUCACCGGGCGGCCAGUCACCACA